AUGAGUAACUGGUUAGGAUUUUCUCUCACUCCUCACUUGAGGAUUGGUGAAGAAUUUGCUACAGAAAACCAAAACCAUAACCAUAAUCAAAACCAUGGAGAAGGUUCAGAAACUGGAAGAAACUAUGUUCCUUCUUCUUCUCCUCAUCCUCAUCAUCAUCAUCAUCUUUCUGUUAUGCCUCUACGAUCUGAUGGUUCACUUUGUGUUUCUGAUUCCUUUACACCUCAAGAAUGGAGAUAUGAGAAUGCAAUAACAGGUGGAAAUUCAAAUGAAGAAGGACCAAAACUUGAAGAUUUUUUGGGCUGUUACUCAAACCAAAACCAGAAUAAUACUAAUAUUUCCAAAAUCAAUGUUAAUGUUUCACCAAGUUUUUGCACCAACAAUAACACAGAGAUUGAAACAGUAGAGAAUCAUCAUAAUCACAACCAUCUAACAAACCAAUCUUUGAUUCACUCUUUCCAUCAUCCAUAUAACGAUAACAACAACAAUCAUCAUGCUUUAAUCAACAAUAGUACUAUGUACAAGUCUUGGAUGACUCAAACUCAGUUUUCUGAAGGGAAAAGUUCCAAUGAUGGAAAUGGUUGCAGCUUUCAAUCUCUUAAUUUGACUAUGAGUCCAAGUGUUCCAAAUGGUGUUAGUGUUGGUGGUGUUGGUGCAAUUUCUAAUGUUCAGAUGAAUGAAGAUCCUAGGAAAAGGUCUUUGUCAAAAUCUAGUUCUGCUAGAGAACCUAUCCCUCGCAAAUCUAUUGAUACUUUUGGACAAAGAACUUCUCAAUACCGUGGUGUUACAAGGCAUAGAUGGACUGGGAGAUAUGAAGCACAUUUGUGGGAUAAUAGUUGCAGAAAAGAAGGACAAACAAGGAAAGGAAGACAAGGUGGUUAUGAUAAGGAAGAAAAAGCAGCAAAAGCUUAUGAUUUAGCUGCACUCAAGUAUUGGGGUCCAACAACUCACAUAAAUUUCCCUUUAAGCACUUAUGAGAAGGAACUUGAAGAAAUGAAGAACAUGACUAGGCAAGAAUUUGUGGCCAAUUUAAGAAGGAAGAGCAGUGGAUUUUCAAGAGGUGCUUCUGUGUAUAGAGGUGUGACAAGACACCAUCAACAUGGAAGGUGGCAGGCUCGAAUCGGAAGGGUUGCGGGAAACAAAGACUUGUAUCUUGGUACAUUUAGCACACAAGAGGAGGCUGCAGAAGCAUAUGAUAUUGCAGCAAUCAAGUUUAGAGGAACAAGUGCUGUGACCAACUUUGACAUAAGUAGGUAUGAUGUCAAGAGAAUUUGCUCAAGCUCAACUCUAAUAGCCGGAGAUCUCGCGAAACGGUCACCUAAAGAAUCCGCACCUCCUGCUGUAGCCACUGCCGAGGACUUCAAUUCGUGCGGCAGUGCGUCAACACCUUCUCAGCCGUCUUCUCUAGCUAUUACUGACCGUGAACAGCAACAUUCUGAUGAAUUGUCCAACAUGGUGUGGAAUUCGAACAAGGAUGAGCAACCACCGCAGAACGAGUGUAGAAACAACACCGAUGUCGCUGAAUCGUCACAGCACGGUUCGCCGAGCAACAAGAAUGAGAUGAACCCUGAAAGUCUUAAAUUACCUAAUGAGUUUGGAGGGAGUGGAGCAGAUUACGGACAUGGUUACUUCACACUCCAAGGACCAAAGUUUGAUGACGGAAACAAUGAAAAUGACCACAUGAACAACAAUAGACUUGGGAAUUUGGGUUUGGUUAAUCAAGUUCCUAUGUUUGCUUUGUGGAAUGAGUGA